AUGAGAGAUUCUGUUUCUGAAUUUCUAAUACAGUUCGGAAUAAACUUCGGCCUCACCGUGUUUUUCUUUGGGAUUGUGUGUGGAUUGGUGUUUUGUCUUAUUAAGUGUGAUUGUAACGAUGACAAUCAUCAUCAUAAUGAUCAUGACAACAGCCAUGACCAUGUCAUCGUGACCAUCAUGGAACAUUCUGGUAUCAAGCCCUCCGUUCUCCGAUCAAUCCCCGUCGUAGACUUCAACUCUAACGACUUCAAAGACGGCGUCGAAUGCGUUGUUUGCCUCUCCGAUCUCGUCCACGGAGACAAAUCCAGGGUUUUGCCGAGCUGUAACCACUGGUUUCACGCCGAUUGUAUCGACUCGUGGUUUCGAUCUCACUCCACGUGUCCUAUCUGCAGAAAGAGAGUUUGUUCGGUGCAGCGAAGAACGAGACCGGAACUUGGUCUCGACGAGGGUUUGGCACAAGACCACGACCCGAGUUCCGAACAUCCUCGGUUCCCGACCGAUCCACCUCCAAGUACCAACGCGGCGACGGUUGUUGGAGGCUGCGUUGAAUCAGACGAGAUUCGACCAGAUUUUACGGCGGUGGUUGUAGAUUCCCCGGGGAAGUGA